AUGCAACUACUAAUAAAAAAUUUACAUAAUGAAUCGUUUACUAUUGAAUGCAAGCAAGAUGAUACAGUUAGAGCUGUAAAAGAAACAAUAGCUGCGAGAGAUGACUUAAGAGAAAAAUAUGAUCCUGAUCUACUUAAAUUAUUAUGUAAAGGAAAAGUUAUGGAUGAUGAAGAUACAAUUGAGUCUUACGAAAUAAAAGCUGACAAUUAUCUUGUUCUUGUUAAACAAACACCUGGCAAACCGAAACCACCACCAAAAAAGAAACCUAAUCAAGGAAUCAAUCAAUUUGGUGGAUUUAAUUCACAAUUUGGAAUGGGACCAAUGUCAAAUUCGUUAUUGCAAAGUCCUUUUGGCCAAGAUCCAUUUAUGCAACAAUCAUUUCAACCAAAUUCAUUUAUGCAAAAACCAUUUCAAGCACAGGGCUUUGGUCAAAAUCCAUAUCCACAACAUAAUUUUCCAGCACAAACACAAUAUCCAUCCCAAACAGAGUUUCCAGUACCUCAACCAACUAACAACUACACAAAUUCAUCAUCAAAUAAUUUUCCAUCAGCUAGUGAACGUGAAGAGGCUUUACAAACCUUGUUAGGAAUGGGUUUUGAACGUACACUAGCUGAAAAAGCAUUACGUGCUAGUGCUUAUACUCCAGAACUUGCUAUAGAAUUCAUAACAUCAGGUAAUAUUCCUGAAACAGACGAAAUACCUGAUCUUCCACCAGUAGUACCUACAUCAGAACGACCAUCAGAGCUUCCAACUAUACAACCAUUUCAACCAUCCGCCGCUACUAAUUUGCAUCAAGGCACUAGAGAUCCCGGUAUGAAUCUUCAACAAAUAGGUCAAAUGCUCGAACAAAACCCUCAACAGCUUCAAGUAAUUAAAAAUGCAUUAAAGGCUGAACAUCCAGACAUGGCCAAAAUGAUCGACGAAAAUCCACAAGGGUUUAUUGAUCUACUUCGACAAGCAGGAGGAGGUAAUGAUAAUGCACCAUCAUUUGCUGGUAGUGGUGCUGGUCAAGGCCAAGGCACAAUAAAAGUUGAACUCACAUCUCAAGAACAACAAGCUGUCAAUCGAAUACAAGAUAUGGGUUUUGAUCGAAAUCGUGUUCUUGAAGCAUUUCUUGCUUGUGAUCGUAAUGAAGAAAUGGCAGUUAAUUAUUUAUUACAUGCUUAUGAUUAA